AUGGAAGCCUCGUCCUUGCCGAUGCUCACCGCCUCCCGCUUCCUGCCUCCGCCUCCGCCGCCGCCGCUGCUGACGCCGACAUGCCCCCGGCAGGCCGUCCCCUUCGUCCGCGCGGCCGCGCGGACACUAGAAGCGCCGGAGGCGCCCAAGCCCCAGCGGCCGUCCCCCAGGCGCAGCGCCGUCGCCGAGGUCAAGGCCUCCUCCGACCCCGUAGCCGCGCUCAACAGGUUCGAGGAUGUGCUGCAGACACAGGACUGCAACAUAAUCCUGCGCCACUGCGGAGACACUAGGCGCUGGGAUGACCUCUCUAAGGUCUUCGAGUGGAUGCAGGAGCGCGAGAUGACCAACGCUGCAUCUUACAGCAGUUACUUCAAAUACCUUGGACUGAGCCGUGAUCCCGCGAGGGCGCUGCAAGUGUAUGGUGCCAUCCAAGACUGCACGAUGAGGGUUCACGUCUCUGUCUGUAAUUCGGUUCUCGGGUGCUUGGUGAAGAAUGGGAGGUUUGACAGCAGCUUCAAGCUCUAUGACGAGAUGAUACGCGAAGGGCUAUCACCUGAUCCAUUCACCUACAGUACUCUGCUAUCAGGGUGCGUGAAGUUGAAGCAGGGUUACACGAAGGCAAUGGGAUUGAUCAAUGAGAUGAAAUCCCGAGAUCUUCAGAUGGAUAGUGUAAUAUAUGGCACUCUUCUGGCAAUAUGUGCAUCUCAUAACUACUGUGAGGAGGCUGAAGUAUAUUUUCAGAAAAUGAAAGAUGAAGGCCAUAGUCCUAAUCUGUUCCAUUACAGCUCCCUGUUGAAUGCAUAUUCAGAAAAUGCUGAUUAUGGAAAAGCUGAGCUGUUGAUGAAAGAUCUGAGGUCCUCUGGAUUAACACCAAAUAAGGUUAUGUUGACCACUUUGUUAAAGGUGUAUUCUAAAGGUGGUAUCUUUGAGAAGGCUAAGGACCUGCUAGCUGAACUGGAAGCCUCAGGUUUUGCACAGGAUGAGAUGCCAUACUGUAUAUUGAUUGAUGGCCUUGUCAAAGGUGGGAAGAUAGAGGAAGCAAAUAUGUUAUUUAAUGAAAUGAAAGAAAAAGGGGUCAAAUCUGAUGGUUAUGCAUUUAGUAUCAUGAUUUCAGCAUUACACAGAGGUGGUCAUCAUCAAGAAUCAAAACAACUUGCAAAAGAAUUUGAGGCUGAGAAUGCAUCAUAUGAUCUGGUUAUGCUUAAUACAUCACUGCGCACUUACUGCAGCACAAAUGAUAUGGAGAGUGUAAUGAGGAUGCUGAAGAAAAUGGAUGAAUUGAACAUAUCUCCUGAUAAUAUUACAUUUAAUACCUUGAUAAGGUACUUCUGCAAUGCAAAGGUUUAUCACCUAGCAUACAAGACGGUUGAAGAUAUGCAUACAAAGGGUCAUCAAUUAAAUGAGGAGCUUUGUUCUCAUGUAAUGGUACAGCUAGGAAAAGCAGGUUUUCCUUCUGAAGCAUUUUCUGUGUAUAACAUGUUGAGGUACAGUAAGAGAACAGUACGUAAAUCUCUUCAUGAGAAGGCUUUAGGCAUCUUGGUUUCAUCAGAACUUCUCAAGGAUGCAUACAUUGUUGUUAAGGACAAUGCUGAGCUGAUUUCUCCUUCCUCCUUGGAGAAGUUUGCUAGGGCUUUCAUGGUAUCAGGAAAUAUAAAUCUAAUUAACGAUGUCAUGAAAGCCCUAAAUCGCUCUGGGUGGCGUAUCAGCCAGGAUAUCUUUGGGAGAGCAAUUCAGAGAUACAUCCAGAAGCCUGAUAAAAAGCAUCUACUGCUGUGCCUCUUGGACUGGAUGACUGGACAAGGCUAUUCUGUAGACUCAUCAUCAAGGAACUUGCUUUUGAAGAAUGCACAGCUUUUUGGCCAAAAACAACUGAUAGCAGAAAUUCUUUCUAAGCAGCAGACAGCAUCAAGGACCAUUGGACAAAGACACAAAAAAUGAUUAAGGAAAGAUUUUGUAUAUAUAAUUUGUUCAUAUCCACCCAAGAACCUCCUUCAAUAAGCCACAAUUGUUUGAGGAUCAAUUUACUGUGCUCAGAGUCGUCGUUCAGAUGACAAGGUAUCAGCUAUCGCCGUCGUGUGCGGAUGUGCCUAAGCUCCGGCAACUGACUUCCAUUAGAAUUUCAGAUUAUGGUAUGUGGUAUAAGUCUGCACAUAGUGAAUCACCCUGAGUUCAUUCUCCUUAACUUGUGCUAUGUCUACUGUGGCCAGGAACUUUCCCGUGAGACAUGCUUGUUCCACAGCAAUCCACCUGGGAGUGAUGGUAGUAUAGGCCAUGCUUGAAAUGAUGUGUAGGUUAGAUUAUAGAUUGUCUGAUAAGCUUACCAAGUAUCCGCAACAUUUCUUUGUAGCUACAGCAGAGAAUGUCGGUUUAUAUCUACAGCAGAGAAUGUCAGAUUAUAUCCACAGCAGAUCGGGAAUGUCAGUUUAUAGCUACAGCAGAGAAUGUUGGCUUGACUUUAGCGGAUUGUGCUUGUUGAAGUCACUGUACAUGGACCUAGAAAGCUGCGCACAGAUUUAGAUUUGUUAACUACAUAUAUUUUGUAACCAGUCCUGAACAUGGAAUGGACAGUUUCCUGAGCAAUGAAUGUAAGAUGGAUUAACCAAACAUACAAAUGGAGUUAAUGGGAUUUUUUGGUCAUAUGCUA